UCCUCCUACGCCCACAGUGUUAGCGGAGGGGCAGGGGGCUACGGGACCAAGAUAUCUGUCGCCUAUGGCCGUGGUAGCGGUGGGUAUGACUACGAAUCAACAUCCUCGGGGAUGAGUUCUGGAGCCCUGGCCAUCGGGAAUGAGAAGGUAGCCAUGCAGCACCUGAAUGACCGCCUGGCCAGCUACCUGGAGACGGUGAGGAACCUGGAGAAGGCCAACGGCAAGCUGGAGAUCAAGAUCCGAGAGGCCAUGGAGAAGAGAGGCCCAGUGGAGGAUAAAAACUUCGACAGGUACAACACCAUCAUCUCGGAGCUGAGAGCCAAGAUACUUCUAAUGAUCAAGGACAACGCACAUCUCGCUAUCGCAGUGGACAACGCACGCCUGGCCUCAGACGACUUCAGAGUCAAGAUGGAGUAUGAGCUAGCCAUGCGUCAGACAGUGGAGGCCGAUGUUGCGAGACUGAGGAAGCUUCUGGAUGACACCAAUGUUAUGCGUAUGCACCUGGAGAGCGACAUUGAGUCUCUGAAGGAAGAGUUGAUCACCCUUAAGAAGAACCAUGAGAUGGAUGUUUCUGAAUUGCGUGGACAGAUCCACCAUGGCGUCCAUGUGGACGUUGAUGCUCCUAAAGGACAGGAUCUGGCUAGGAUCAUGGACGAGAUGAGGGCUAAGUAUGAGCUGAUAGCACAGAAGAACCAGGAUGAGGUCAAAGCAUGGCAUGAAUCUCAGAUCACAGAGGUGCAGGGGCAUGUGAAUGAGCAGUCAUCUGCCCUGAAGGAUGCCACGAAUGUAGUGACUGAAACUAAGAGGAGCUAUCAGGCACUGGAGAUUGAACUGCAGUCGGAGCUUAGACUCAAAGAAAACCUGAAGGCUACCCUCCGUGACGUCGAAAUGCGUAACAGCAUAGAGAUGGAGAAGUACAACGCAAUCCUCCUGAAGCUUCAGGAUGAGCUCACAAAGAUCCGCGCCGACAUCCAUCACAGCAUGCGCGAGUACGAGCAACUGUUCAACAUCAAGGUGAAACUGGAGGCCGAGAUCGGCGAGUACAGGAGGCUGCUGGAUGGAGACUUUAAACUUGAGGAUGCAGUUGCAGUAGUUAAGGAUCCUAAGGUCGAGACCAAGGUGGUAACAAUCACUCAGAGACUGGUGGAUGGCAAAGUGGUGGAACAGAGCCAAGACGUCCAGUCUGCUUAAAAUGAAAGUGGUGCAUUAAAAACUGAAAACCUGUGA